GUGGGCCUUCGGCGGAAGUGGCUUGUGUCGCGCGCAGCUAGCUUGUUGUGCUGCAGGCGCUGAUGGCGGCGGGAUUCGCGGAGGGUCGUACCAAAGAGGGAGAGCGAGGAGGCGGGGGAGCGGAGCCACGGCGGUACCGAGCACUGACACCCCGCUGGUCACCGAGCAGAGCAGCCGCGAGGCCAGCAGUCCGACCCCGAGGCGACGGAUGAAGCGUUGGGAGCCUCCUAUUGGCUGUCGUCCCGUACUGCCCCCCCAGCUCGUCCUGUUUCAGCAGCAUUCAUAGUAUUUAGUUGUAGCAUCACUGGCGUCUGAGGAGCUCCGGGUGUGAGAAUGACCAUGACCCUGCCAGGCUAGCAAGUUCUUGAUCUCUACAGUCACCUAGCAACAGCAUCCCAGCUGAACAUGUAGAUUACUAAGAGCUGUUGUCAGAGAGUGGCUAGCGACUAGCCUGUUGGAGCUGCUCUGCCCUGAGUUGAACUUCAUCAGAAGACCAACUUCUCCAAGAUGUAGGCAGCCCAAGGCCUGGAUCCACGCUUUCAGCAGCUAACGGCUAGUUAGCAGCUCCUGGUCAGCAGGAGACGGUGGCUGGUGGUUGAGGGUGGGUAGAGCGGGGGUGUGAUGGAGUACCACUCCGGUGGCAGCCUGCCCCUGCUGGGGAGACCGCGGUACUGCCCUGGGGCCAGCGCCAACGGAGGCUACCUGUGUGAGACGGGACACUGCUGCGGAGAGACCGGCUGCUGCACCUACUACUACGAGCUGUGGUGGUUCUGGCUGCUGUGGACUGUUCUCAUCCUCUUCAGCUGCUGCUGCGCGUACCGACACCGCCGAGCGAAGCUGCGAGUCCAGCAGCAGCAGAGGCAGAGGGAGAUCAGCCUGCUGGCCUACCAUGGAGCCAGCUCCUUCCCCUCCUCCAUGCUGGACCUCAGUUUCCUGGCGUCGCUGAAGCUGCCGUCGUAUGAGGAGGUAGCAGCUCAGCCCACCACGCCUCCUCCCCCCUACAGCUCCGUGUUUACCACCCCCCGCUACCCGCAGCCCCCGCGUGCUGCUGACCCCCACCUGCUCACGCAGCACGACCCACUGCUGCACCGACCGCUGAGUGAUGGCCCGUCCUCCCUCAGCUCUGACAACAGCUCCAGCUGUUCCUGCGACUCCUGCUGCCCUUCUUCUCCAUGUAGCUCCUCGCUAUCAGCCCCUAUCACCUAUGAGACUGACACAAGCCACGCCUCCACGCCCAGUGAGGCCACACCUCUGACGCUUGAUGUCACCAUCGAGACCAUAGCAGCUGCCGCAUGCUGCUUGGAGGCAAACAAGGCUUGCUCCGCCCCCGAGGGCCCGUCCACUGCGGUGGCCAUUCACGUGGAAGAUGCAGAAGCUGCCAGACCUCAGGAACUAAACACCAAGGACUUAUUGCCUCCUAGCCAGACUGUUACCACAGCAACUGCUACGCGGGCACCCUCUCCUCUGCACCUGCCCUCACCUGGCUCUGAGCUCACCCUUCCUGUUGCAGCUACGUCCCCCGUGAACCCACACCUCGACUCAGCACCACGUUCUCCGAUCAUCAGCACGGCUAGCUCCAGUACGCUUCCCAGUCCGAGUGUCGAUGCCACACAGGUCCAGUCCAUCAGAACCAUGACAAGUGAAAGUGUGUCCAGACCUGCUGACAAAACCCUUGAGACUCUUUGUGUAACAAGAACUUUGGAUCUGGUCAGUGUUUCGUGUAGCCCAGCACCAGCACCGCCACCAGACGUUCACAGAGCUUUGGUCUUUGAAGCGUCUACUCUUCAGAACCACAGCUUUAUGCCUAUAACCCCCACCCAGACUCCAGACCAAAAACCCAACCCUACUGAAGCUACGGACCCUGUUACUCCACCUCCAGACCCACAAUUCACCAAGUUCCCAAAUUCUGUAACUGCUUCCCUUCCAUCUCUAAAACCACUCCACCUGAAUCUGAACCAAGGAGAUAACGUUUUGGUGUCCUCUUCACAACGCCAGACCACCCCCAGUCCUGGGUCAGGUCCCAUCCAGUCCACCCCCAGUCCUGGGUCAGGUCCCAUCCAGUCCACCCACAGUCCUGGGUCAGGUCCCAUCCAGUCCACCCCCAGUCCUGGGUCAGGUCCCAUCCAGUCCACCCCCAGUCCUGGGUUGGGUCCAGUUCUGACUACCCACAGUCCUGGUUCUGGUCUUGUCCAGUCCACCCACAGUCCUGGUUCUGGUCUAGUCCAGUCAACCCACAGUCCUGGUUCUGGUCUAGUCCAGACUACGCACAGUCCUGGAUUAGGUCCCAUCCAGUCAACCCACAGUCCUGGGUUGGGUCCAGUUCUGACUACCCACAGUCCUGGUUCUGGUCUUGUCCAGACUACGCACAGUCCUGGUUCUGGUCUUGUCCAGUCCACCCACAGUCCUGGUUCUGGUCUAGUCCAGUCAACCCACAGUCCUGGUUUUGGUCUAGUCCAGACUACCCACAGUCCUGGUUCUGGUCUUGUCCAGUCCACCCACAGUCCUGGUUCUGGUCUAGUCCAGUCAACCCACAGUCCUGGUCCUGGUCUCGUCCUUACUACCGACAGUCCUGGGUCAGGCCCAGUCCAGCUCUUAGACUCUAUUACUGCUGUUGUACCUCGUCUAAACUUGACCACAUCAGUACGUGAUUCUGGACCUCCUCAGGACUCAUGUGGCUUUUCUGAGAUCAACCUGGUCCUACCCUUGCCUUCAGAGGUCCAGGCUGGUUUUGGUUCUGGAUCUCCAUCAGGACCAAGUCCUCUAUCCACCCUUCCUCUGGUCCUCUCCUGUCCUGCCCCUGAGACGUCCUUCUCCUGCCCAGCCAUCACCAUUGAGUCUGACACCUGUCUUACUAUGUCCCACACAACCCUGGCAGUGGUCUCUCCGUCCUCUCCCCGGGCUCCUGUCCCUCUCGCAGCACCAGUUCUGCUCCUGGACCCCCUCGCCGCUCUGCAGCCGUCCGACAGAGGGGAUUCUUCUUCUGGUCACGCUUCCUCUCACUCCCCCUCACCCCGUGCCACUCAGUCCCCGCCGAAGCAGACGGUGUUCUCCCCAUGUGUGGACAUUUUUGAACCUGGACCUUCCUGCUGGGAGGACGGAGACGAGGAGCAGGAACACAGGGACGAGGAUGAGGACGAUGACAUGGGUGCCGAUGAGAGCCAGUACAGACAUCGAAGACUUACUGGGGACUCUGGGAUUGAGGUGUGCCGAUGUAGGGUGGAGGAGGAUGAGGAGGAGGAGGAGGAGGAGGAGGAGCGCAGGAAAGGAGGAGAAAGUGAGAACGUUGAUGUCCACGAUAGCGUGGAUUGUCCUGCAAGAGUUCAUCUGGGCACAGGAGAGGAGCUUUCACAGUGUACACCCACCGCCGCCGUUACCACAACAACACCCGAUGAUGGCGGCAAAGUCAUCGUCGUCAUGGAGACGGUGUGAUUGGCUUAACCUGGGCAGAUGGAUUAGUUUAGCGCCCUGAUGUAGAUGAAGACAGAGGUAGUUCUGACGUUUGGGAUCAGAGGCAGCAGGCGUUCACAGAUCAAAGGGUAGGUUUCAGAUCCGGGACUAACUUGCUCCCUGUGAAGAUGGAGGUUUGGCCACGUUUCACCUCGUCGAGACCAUCGUACGCACAUUCCCCCAAAGUGGAAAAAACCUUCAAACUUCACGUAACCCGAAGAGAGUCGUUCGUUUAUGAGAACACUCAUCUCAGUAGUUCAGCGCCCACAUGGUUCAUUCCUCAUUAACCACCACGGUUCCAACCGGGGAACUCACCCUCCCGUCUGAGCCAUGUGACGUAAACAACAGGAAGUCGCCUAACUCGGGCUGGGGUUCGUUGCUCCUCAGCAGUGGACUUUCUGUCACUUGUCCAUAAACGAAUGAAGAUAUCUCGCAUGCUGCCUUGGUGGAUGACGAGGGAUUGGCCGUGUGCCGGGGACGAGUUGGCUGCUUUAAGACGGGUGUAGGCGGAUGAUUCACGCCGACUGAUUGAUGGAGGGUCGUCUGAUUCAUUUGGUAAGGGGACAUUUUGAUGGAGACGUCUGUCAGUAGAGCGGAUUUAGGACGCCGGCUUGUGGUUUCUCCUCGUGGGUUUAGUCUGAGUCGGUGUGGAAAGUUUUCCGGCUCCGUCGACUUCCUCUGCGUCAACAUUCUGAGCAGAGAAGAGCUCUUACAUAAACAAAAACAAAGGGUGCUUUUAGGCUGAAACAAAGCACCAAAGAGCGGAGACAGAGCAUGUCAUCGUGCUCUCUUUGUCUCCAGUGAUGAGGUCAGAUGAAACAACGUGCCACAGAUAGACGCCACCAUUUUCUUCAUAAAUGAAACCUCUCCUCAACCCUUAAUCUGAAAACGUGGACCAGAAAACCAAAGUUCCCGCCCUAUCCAGAGAUUUUAUUUUUAGGCAUCAUGGAUGUUGUUGUCAGUUGGGUAGACACAUCCGUGUACAUAUUUGUGACAGAAAGACCUGGAGAUAGUCUAUUUUACCACAGAGGAGCUAGUGUGUCUGUUUUGUAUGUGCUGGUGUAGAGCCGGGGUUUUCAAUUCGGUAUCCAGCUCGCUUUAGUGGUUCCUGGGCUCCAACACACUUGAUUCAGUGGUGGAAUCACCUGUGCAGCAGCUCAUCAAGCGCCCCAGAAGCCUGUUAAUCACCUGCGGAUUGAAAUCAGGUGUGUUGAAGCAGGUUAAAACUAAAACGAGCUGGACACCGGCCCUGGCCAAGAGUGUGUGUGUAAAUAACCCCAGAAACGCCCUCGUUUAGGUUCACACGCUUUGGGCUGACAAAGGUUUCCCCACAGCGUGAACUAAGGAGACAACAUGCUCCGUGCACGUGUGGCCAGACGUUUACAUCGGGGGGGGGGUUCUUAUAAAACACGAUGUUAGUGGUUCACAAAUCCGAUCAUCUGUGGUUCUAGAAGGUUCUAGAAUGUCUCUAACAAGGCCAAGACUCACUACCCUCCUGUUGGUGAUGAUUGGUGCCUUCUCUUUUCUUCCUCCUGCUGGACUGACCAGCGCUCAGAAGCUGGGAUGGGACAUCAUAGAUUUAGCUGAUUUAGAACUUUUUGGAGCUUUUUUUGGACUUUUAACUGGAAACAAGUAAAAUACAUUCAGCACGUUCCUAUUGUAUGAGGGGAGACUCCCAACUGUUCUCCUCAGAUGAAAGUAACUUGGGUCCUAUGUUCAGGAACAACCUAGGAAGCAUACCGUACAUGAACCAGGACCUGUUGGAAAGUAGUCCAUGUCCUUGGAGAAACCAGUUUCUCAGGACCAGGAAAGAAACUUGUACUUUAAACAAGACACUGUGACAAUUGACCAGAAUAGGCAAGUGUCCAUAUGGACAAGACAAACGUCUACCUGCCAAAGUGACAAAUGUUCGGAGGAGUCAAGGUGAUGUUUUCAGACCUGAGAAUUUGUACCAGCUGUACAGCAUGGUGGUGGUAGCAUCAUGAUGUGGGACUGAUGCCUAAUGAAACGAUGAAGGACUACCAUUGUCUAGAUGGUUGAAACUUAGACCCAGUAGGGUAGUCCCACAGGACAGUGAGCCCAAACACACUUUAGGCCCAGUUUCUGAUGCUGGCCUUCCCAGAGCCCAGACCUCCACAUUUAUGGGCUAAAUCUCACAUAUUCUGGUUUGAAUAGAGAAAGUCCACGUAAACCUUUCUCUGAAUGUCUAAUGAGGCUCAAAUUAGUCAUGAAAAGCAGCAGAUUCCACAAUGGUGGAUGUAAACCCCUGGCCACAUCUGUAAUUUGGAGACAUUUGUGAUUUCAACGUUUACAUUUAUGAACUCAGACUGAACGUUUACCGAAGUUUCAUUAGUGAAGAACCCCGCAGAGUAACGUCUGCAGAUGGAAUCAGACGUUAAAGUUGGUCCUUGCAGGAGAAGUAACGAGAGCUGGUAUCUAGAAGGUCACCUAACACUUAACCCUGUGUCCAUGCUGCAUUAACCGUCGUAACGGGGGGGGCUCUUUUGAACUUCCUCCAGUCGUGAUCAAGAGAUAACAUGAUGACAAAUUCAAAAAUACUUUAUUAAUCCCAGAGGGAAAUUAGAGUGAGCGAUUAUAUUUCUGAGCUUGAUCCAUGUUUAGUUGGGUAGAACAUCAGGUUCUAGGAGCCCAAACACCGAUGGUACCUUUGGUUUGUGGAGUGAGCAGGAGGUUCUGGGGUCUGGAGGACCCUCUCCUAAAGGUUCAAGGGUGACACCCAGCCAUUGAUGUUGUAGUUGAUGUUGUGGUUGGUGGUCGUUUUGUUUACCGGAACUAAUAGCGAUAUUUAUCUCCAUGGUUUCUGAGUGCCAUUUCUACUUGACAACUGUUACUACUUAGCAUAAUCUAGAGCUGUUCUCGCUCUGUGUGACUGUGGCCUUCUGAGCAGAAUGACUGAGGAAAUGUCUCAACCGUGUCGGUACUUUAGGUUCUCGAAGGCUGUGCAGACCUCAGAUCAGCUGGAUAAAAUUCAAAUUGCCUUAAAGUAGAGCGGACGGGAAUCUUACCCUGACGUAAGUUCGACGGAAACUUCUCCCAACCCAGACUGAUUCAAACUCUUCAAAUCUGAGACCUCUGACUUUGGCAGCACUUCUGACCAUUUCAGACAUCAACGGUUCUGAUGCUGUUUGUCUUUUGGGGGGGAAAGGGACCAAUGAACGAUCAGUGAAACCAAGGGUAGGUAUGGCUGACUCUGGGACUGCGUAACUUUGGGAAACUUGUCUUUAUGUCGUCUUUGCUGAGUUCUGAAGCACUUGUUUUUCAUCAGAUGUCUAAAACAUUUAACCGCGGUCGUCUCCGUCCGAAGAGUCUCUCCUUGACUGGGUUCACAAGGAUGGGUCAGGAGUUCAGCUUCCCUCCCAUCGUUCUACAGGACGCUCUUAGGCAUCCUGAUAUCGGGGUUACGUUGGUAGACGGGACGAUUGCAUCGAAAAUUAAAAGUCCAGCAGCUGUAUGGAUAGAAGAAAUUUUCCAUCUUAUCUUGAGAUGUUUCUCAUUGGGAAUGAUGAACCUGGAACUUCCUGAUGUCCAAAUUCAAAACAGAAUCUCUUGGAGUUAGGUGUUGGGUGGGAUAGCCCCGCCCCCUUUAACCAGCUAUGUAAAUGUCCACCUGACCCUGAAACGUGACUCCAGUCAAACUUAGUUUUAGAUUAAAUCUGUUUUAGUUCUCGGGUUAACUUUGAGGAGCCUAUAAGCAGUUCCCCUGUGACGUUCGGCAGCAUAAUUUGAUUUACGGAGGCGUUCCUUCUCUUGUACUUUUCUCUGUCUGCGGGAUUUUGCUCUGGUCAGAUCUUCUCUUCGCUUCUCGCUGUUGGCUUGAAGGGCUUCCGUCGACAAACGAAGAGCAGAGAUUCAUCUUUAAAAUCCCUAAAUAUUAGGAAGACAAAAGUCUAAUUAUUAGUAUUAAUAAAAUGAUAGUGAGUAUGUGUGGAUGUAUGUGUAACCUAACUAAACCAGCCUGUUCUAAAAGUGUGAAAAUAUAAAUAAAACUGUUGAAUUUACAA